AUGGUUUUUCAUUCCUCGUCUGCUUGUUUCUUCUCAUCUUGGUACUCUCCUCGUUUUGUGCUUGUAAUGGCUUCUGAUGUUCCUGAGGAUGUUAAUGAAAUACUGUCACAAAUGCAUAAUGCUUCCAUAACAACUUCAGAAGAUAUUCGUAAUACUGUGUUUCUUUCAACUGCUGACUUAUCUAGAGGAAAUGAAAGAUGGAAAUGGGAAGUUGCUGGGAAAGUUUUUCGUGAAGAACCAAUGUCCAUUGGGGUUGUGGUUUAUCAUGUUCGUCAUGCUUGGUCUAAAUAUCAAGAACUUGAAGUUCGUACACCCGCUCCACGGAUCUUUCAGGUCAGGUUUAACUCUAAAUAUGAUUUAAAAGAAAUUCUCAAACAUGUUCCUUGGUCUUUAGGUGGUUAUCUGUUUCGCAUUCAUCGUUGGACUCCUUCGAUAGACUAUAGGACUUUGAACUUUGGUUUUCAAUGCUUUUGGAUAGACUUUAAAGACUUGGUACCAGAAUUUUUUGACGUAGAUGUUAUUUAUGUUAUGGGUGGUCUGGUAGGUCAAGUUCAAAAAAUAAUCCCAGAUGAUGCUAAUCCCACUGAUUCAAAUGUGGUUAGUGCUUGUGUUAAUAUUGACCUUAAGAAGCCACUUAUUCGUGGAAUUCUAGCGGUUACUGCUUCUGGUUAUGUUCAAUGGGUUCCCUUGUUUUAUCAUCAACAACCUCAUAAUAUAUGUCCGGCUUGCUAUAUUAUUGAUCAUGUUGAAGAUGACUGUGAAGAAAAAGCUGCUGAACUCAAUACUCGUGCUCGUACAAUCUAUAAAUUUGGCAGUCAUGGAGUUGAAAUUGCCAAUAAUUAUCCCGAUGAGCCUACCGAUGAGGAUGAUCCUGAUUUAGGUGAUGUUGCAAUCAUUCAAUCAAACCCUCGUAAUCGUCGACAACGGACUAAUAAGAAAGUUUUUGUAAAACCUGAUGAUGGUCAGUUGGAUAGCACUUUUUCAGUAUCUAACUCUAUUACUCUGACUGAGAGGUCAGCUCUUCGUAAAUACAAACGCACUCGUCAGCAAGCUCUCCUAUCUCAGUCUGCUUCGAAUUCUACUUUUACUCAUCCUAUGCAAGAGGAUGACAAUCAGGAUGCAAAUUCCACUUCGACCUCUGCUCAUCAAUUUAUGAUGCAACAACAUCAACCUUAUGAUACCACCAGGAAGAAUCUGACAAGCGGGGAUUAUCAGGGUAUUGGUCCUAAACUAACUCGUGAUCAUCUUGACUCUUGUAUUUUUAAUUAUAACCCUGAUGUCAUAUUUUUGUCGGAGACUAAAUCUAGUGAUAGUAAGGUUCAGUCUCUCUUGUACUCUCUGAACUAUCCUCAUCUUUGGUCUUAUAAUAUAAGAGGCAGUGCUGGGGGUAUUGCUUUACUAUGGAAAGAUGGCUUUCAGCUCGAGCUUAUGCAUCAUACUUCAACUAUGGUGAAUGUUAUUGUUCAUUCAGGUCCAACUGAAUCUGAGUGGGUUCUCACUUGCUUAUAUAGCUCUACUUACACGGCUGAAAGGCAACAACAAUGGCAGUUAAUUCGAGAGAUGGGAGAUCAUAUGGAUUUUCCUUGGGUUAUUAUUGGAGAUUUUAAUUCUACACUUUGUAGUUCUGACCGACAAAGUUAUGUCAUCCAUACUGCUCCUUCUCAUUCAGUUAUUACUUCUACUGUGGAUUUACUAGGACUUGCUGAUGUCCCUUUUACGGGUAAUCCUUAUACCUGGUCUAAUAGACAACAUUCAGCUACUUUUAUUCGUACUAGAUUGGAUCGUGCUUUGGGUGAUAUUUCGUGGCAUCAGCUCUUUCCUAAUGCAGUUGUUCAUAAUCUUUUACCAAUUGGUUCAGAUCAUGCACCCAUAUUACUGUAUAUUGACCUUACUUUGUCUAGUAUGUCAAGACCGUUUCGUGUUUAUGAAUCUUGGUUUCAGCAUCAUACGUGUAAGCCUCUUAUUCAAUCACAAUGGCAGUCUACUAUUAAUGGUUCUGCAGCUAGUAAUUUCACUCACAAGUUGUCCCAUACAUCUACUGCUCUGAAAAAAUGGAGACGUGAAGUAUUUGGUGAACCUGAGCAUCAUAUUCGACAGCUCCAACAACAACUAGCACAUCUGCAUCAAUCUCCCGCUCCUAAUUUUUCAGACAUUCACCAGAUUGAACAGGAAAUUACCCGUUGGUAUGAUAUUAAGGCAAGAAAUGCUUUUCAGAAUGCAAGAGAGCACACUCUUCCUUUUCAAGAUAAGAAUGUCAUAUAUUUUCACGCAAGAGCAAAUUUUCGUCGUCGACGCAAUCAGAUUGAUACCAUUCAAGAUUCUCAAGGUAUUUGGCAUUCUACUAGACCUACCAUUGAACAACCUUAUCUCUCCAUGUAUUACUUCUCAAGACAAUGA